AUGUCAAAGUCACCUGACAAUCCGACAGAGCCCCGCGCUAUUCCGAAGGCCACUCUCGUUAUGGCGGAUCUUAGCGACGAGGAGCCCAUCAUGAUCCCGAAGACACCCAAAGGAUCAAUUCGGGGCAAGCGUGCUGCCUCCGCCGCACCCGGGACCGCAACGCCCUCUGUUCCGAAGCGGAGCAAGAAUUCAGUGACGUCUUCGUCGUCCAAGACCUUUAGUUCCGACACAAGAACCAAUUCGACUCUAUCGCGCCGCACUAGGAGCGCUGACGUUAUGCGCCAAAGCCUCCCGCCCCCAGACCGAGUCUCUCCCAAAAAGAGCUCCAAAACACCCAAGGGACCGACAAAGGCCGAUGGGAUCAAGUCCGUGGAAAAGCCAGACGCUGCCAAGGAGCUCGAAGCCGCCGACCAGUCUCAGGAUGCCGACGAGACCGAUCCGAAUCAGGCUACCAGUACCAUCAUGGGGCCCGAGUCCUCAGAGAUGGCCGAUAAGGCCAACGAUACCAACAAGGCUAACAAUGCCAAAGCUCUCGAGACCCCCAGUGCCGACAUGGUUGACGGGGCCAAUCCUCUCAAAGACGGUGGAAUUCAGCGAAAGAUCACAUUGCCGAUGCCAGAUCCCGCUGAUGCUACAAGUGGCCUGCACCAGCUCAACGAUGAGAUUCUCGCAGGCCUAGGCCAGUACAAGGCCAUCUGCGAGGACUUUUCGGCCAAGAUUGAUGUCGAAAAGGCAGCGAAGGAGGAGGAAAAAUGGGCUGGAACCCUUCACAAACUGAACGAUCAGUUGAGAGUCCAAGCACGGCAAACCUCGGAAGCCAAGGAGGUUGAAUUGGCGUCUAACCAAGAUAUCGAGACGAAAGCAAGACAUUUUGCAAUGGUCCAAGAAGCCCUUCGAAAUCUCGAGGCGUUGGCGGAAACGCCAUACCAAAUUCCAUGGUCUCUUGACGUUGGCCAGGCCAACUAUAAAAAGGCCGAGCAGGCGUAUGCCGAGGCCAGAAAGAAGGCUCAUGGCGACACCGAACUACUUGAGCAGUUGGCUCAGCGCGAGCGAGAGACGACGAACGCGAUUUCGGAAGCCAGGGCUAAUCAUUUGGAGGCAAAGAUGGCGUUGGAUGAGGGCCUGAAAACAAGAGAGAUGAUAGGCUCGGCUUGCGAGUUUACGGAAAAUAUCAGUGCGGUCAUCAGUCUUGGUAUUGACGACAUCAAAGAGCUUGGCGACUCGUUUCCUGGGCUUAUUGAGACUGCCAAGCGCAUGGCCAAGGAAAAGGAUGGCUGA